AGCCUCUCGAUAUGGCGGCGGAAGAAGGAGAUGAGCAAGGAAGGCCUGAUCGUCGCCAAGGAGCUCAAGAGGCUCCAGUCCGACCCGUUCCGGCUCGACCGGUUCAUGCGGUCCCACGUCUCUCGCUUGCUCAAGUCCGAUCUCGUCUCCGUCCUCGUCGAGCUCCAGAGGCAGGGCCAGAUCUUCCUCUCCAUGAAGUUAUAUGAUGUGGUGCGCAAAGAAAUUUGGUAUCGGCCAGACAUGUUCUUUUACCGGGACAUGCUCAUGAUGCUUGCAAGCAACAAAAAGGUUGACGAAGCAAAGCAGGUUUGGGCAGAUUUAAAGAGUGAGGAAGUUCUGUUUGAUCAACAUACGUUUGGGGACCUUGUUAGAGCUUUCCUAGACAAUGGAUUGACUUCUGAGGCGAUGGACAUAUAUGAUGAAAUGAGACAGUCUCCUGAUCCUCCAAUAUCUCUGCCUUUUCGAGUUAUAUUAAAGGGGCUCAUUCCAUACCCAGAAUUACGAGAGAAGGUGAAAGACGACUUCCUAGAGCUUUUCCCAGGUAUGAUUGUUUACGACCCACCUGAAGACUUGUUUGAGGAUCAAGAUUGGAGAAGAGAUAGUGAUGAUGAUUAAAUAGCUGUGCUUGUAUGUUUGUGAUGUGAGAGUAUGAGGAGGCAAGCAUUCGCAAAUGGCUUGAAGCCAUUCAACGUCAUUUUGGCUCCUGCGAAAUUAUGCGAAAACACCACAAGAGAUAGAUUGGUGAGGCUUCCUUCUCAUUCGCGCAUUUCAUACAAGAAAGUUCAUGUAUUGCAGGGGGAAAGGUAGUUCUUUCUCACCUAAAAUUGUUUCUUGGUGCACAUUCCGCAUUUGGAUUGACACUUCUGAAUGUUGAAACUAGAGGGUUAGUAUAAAACCUCGUCCACACUUCGUUUGUUUGUUUUAAAUUUAACAUAUCAUAAGAAUGCGUGAGAUAAGAAACUAUCACCGUAUCCGACCCGACUGAAUCUACUGCCACUAAACUAUACACAGCCUUCCUUAAGCCUUUUAUUAUGUGGCGGUCAUCUUAAAAACUUCUUUUACAUGGAUGUUUAAACGCUUAAGUUCACGUCGAGACCAAAGCUUCUCAUCAAGAUCCUUACUGUUGGUCUUGAUAAAUCCUUUUUUAUAUGUUGACGUGGUCUGUAGACUUUCUACUUGCAUUAUUUAUGAUAAUACUCAUGCUGAAGUGGGAAUUUUACAAUUAUACGUCAAAUGGCUUGGUUUCGUCGCUUGUAAAUUAUUGGGGGUUAGGUUUUGAACUUUGACAAUGUCAAUGCUUAUCAGCGUUGGUGGCAAUAUUAAUCUUGAGAUGUGACAUCCUUAUAGUUAUUU